AGAAGGCCCAGGCAAGUUGGUUUUGCGACCACGUGCAAAUAAAUAUGCACCCACAAGUAUUCCAAAAUAGGAAAGAUAGACCUCCAAUUGGGCCAUCCAUGUUGACGCGAAUUGGCCUGCGCGACUUCGUGCUUUGUGCUCGACCAGCUUCAUCACCAUCUUGCCUGCUUCACGCGUCUUUCCUCGCUCACCAAAUAAUGCCGUCCAAAAAGAAACCCACUGCGAAGCGUAAAGCGGCAUCCGAGUCACCAUCGGACAAUGAAGCCACCGAGUCUGCUCCAAAGAGGGCUAAAGUAGCGAAAGACUCGCCAGAGCCUGCCGUCGCUGCCAACGGCCAACCGACCAACAAGGCACUACCAGUCAAUAUCCGCUUUCCAUCUCGUAUCGCAGGAACGGUUCGCCUAUCAACAUGGAACAUUUGUUCGCUUGCAUCUGCUUCUAAGAAAGGAUUUAAAUCCUAUGUCGAGGCGGAGGAUCCAGACAUUCUAGUGCUAACAGAGACCAAGGUGAACGAUGUUCCGGUAGACCCGGUCCUAACGUCGCGAUUUCCGCAUUGUACUUGGGCUAUAUCUGCCAAGAAGUCAUACUCAGGAACAGCUGUGCUUUCCAAGCACAAGCCUUUAUCCGUGGACACAAAACUUCCAGGACAUCCAGACCCAAGUAGUGUCAAAGGUCGUAUAGUCACGGUGGAAUUUCCUGGUUGUUACAUUGUAGCUACAUACGUGACGAAUGCCGGUCAGGGGCUCAAGACUCUGAAGGAGAAGAAUGUAUGGAACGAACACUUCACCACAUAUAUCCGGGAUCUAGACAAGAAGAAACCCGUCAUAUGGAUGGGUGACCUCAAUGUCGCACCGACCGCGAUAGACUUGGCAAACGCAAAGUCAAAUUGGAACAAAACACCUGGAUAUACGAAAGACGAAACGGAAGCGUUUCAAAAUAUCCUUAAUCCUCCUGAAUCUGCUGUUGGAGCUGGCAAAUUUGUUGAUGUCUGGAGGCAGAAUCAUCCAGAAGACAAACACUAUACAUAUUUUUCGUACCGUUUUAAUUGCCGGACCAAAGGCCUCGGCUGGAGAUUGGACAUGUUUGUAGUGAGCGAGCGACUAGUGGAGAAGGUCAGAAUGUGCGAGAUUAGGAGUGAUAUCUACGGCGCAUCAGACCAUGUACCAGUGGUGAUGGAAAUAGAGAGCGAUAUCGUUACGGGAAGCUAAACUCUCUAGCACUUGCGAUAUG